AUGGCCGCUCUCAAAAGACCUGCAGCGGCUCCUGAGCCGAAGAAAAUGAAUGACCUGGUGAUCCUGGAGUACCAGGACCUGGUGGAUGGCAAGGACCUGAAAUCUCAGGUCUUCGAGGCCUUUGGCCCAGGUGGUCUGGGCAUUUGUGGCAUUCGAGGAGUGCCAAAGCUUGAGGAAGUGCGCCGAAAGCUUUUGCCGCUCUCCCGGCGCCUUGCGCAGCUGCCGAAGGAUGUCUUGGAGACCUACGAGCGAGCUGAUGCGCAUUACUGCGUCGGCUGGAGCCACGGGCGUGAGAAAUUCAAAGGUAAGCCGGAUCUGGCCAAAGGCAGCUUCUAUGCCAACCCGCUCUGGGACGAUCCGGCCGGCGGAAAUGAGGAGGUACGAGAAAAGUUCCCUUAUGCGGCGAGCCGCAACAUUUGGCCGAAGGAGAUCCCAGAGCUUGAAAGCGCUUUCAAGGAGACUGGGAAGGUCGUCUACAGCGCAGCCGAGCAUUUAGUGAAGGAGUGCGAUCGGCUAGUCGAGUCACAGCAUCCCGGGCAUGGACAGCGGCUCUACAAUGCUGCAUUCACCGACUCCCGUAUGCUCGCAGGGCGCUUGCUCCACUACUUCUCUCCAAGUCCGAGCUCCUCGCCGGAUGAUGCCUGGUGCGGCUGGCACAACGACAACAGCGUCAUUACCGGCCUUGUUCCAGCCCUGUGGCUUUAUGAGGAAUCGGGCGAGGAAGUGGCGUCAUCCCAAGUUUCUUCCUCGGGCGGCCUAUACGUCAGGGCCCGAGACCGCAGCGUGCUGCGGGUGGCGUUGCCCAGCGACUGCUUAGGCUUCCAAAUCGGGGAGGCUGCGCAGAUCAUUAGCGGAGGCGUUCUCGUUGCAACUCCUCACCAAGUGCGGUCUCACCAGCGAUCACCCGGAGACAAGGCCAUUUGCCGCGAAACCUUCGCGCUGUUCAUAGAGCCGCAGUGGGACGCCCCCAUUGGCCCGCCCAAGGGUGUCGGCUACGAUGCCGUCCUGAAGGAGGAGGAGCAAGAGUUGAUACCACCGCUCUCGAAGAGGCUGAAGAGAACACCACCUGACGUCUCUCCAGUGGUCUUUGGCGAGUACCUGGGGAGCUCUUUUGAGGAGUACUACAAGCACAACAACUGA